ACGGAUUGAACGGACUAUUGAACAACGAUCCCCCGACAGGUACGGUAUUGUUCGGCAAGUUCCCCUCUUCCCACCGACUGGUUAUGUGUUGCUCAGAAUGGGGAACAAGUGGCUGCUGUGAAUGGUCCAAUCCACCGAGACAUUCCCCCGACUUGGUCGCUUGUUUGUCUGCUGCCCUGCUGACCCUCAUCCUCUCCAUUUCGCUUCCUCAUCGCUCUCUCGACAAAACCUGUCCGUCCGCAGGAUCGGGGUUCGGCGUUUUUGCUUCGAUCAGGGCGAUAAAGGUGUUAUCGCGGUUAUCGCUAUCUCGAGAAUCAUACUUGCGGAACGGCUGGCGGUCUGGCUUCAUUAUGACUGUCUAGGACUGGAUUUACUGCGACCACCCGUGCUUGUCGCUGCCACGAAUCGUCCUGGCUAGCUGUUCGACUGUCUACAAACCUUUCG